GCGCAGGCUCAGACACACCUCCUCCUUACCCUCCAUCACGCACAGGCACACGAGCGCGCACACGCACACACGCACGGAAAGGCAUAAAGCGAAGGCUGAGAACAUCGCCGGGUGGUGGGGGGAAGCAGACAACAUGUAAGGAGGCAUCAUGAAGGACGAGCGUCCGGCUCCGGGAGGAUCGCAGCAGGUGCCGCGGGGCUGAAGCUGCACCGCGCUGGAGGAAGAAGGCUGCCGCUUCACCAUGUCCACCGAGACGACUGUGUUGAUCUUGAAUCACACUGAAUGGAGAACAGUGAAGUUCCUUAAAGAUGACUCGAACUCAUCCCCCUGAUAUACUGGCAUCGACUCUGUAUCAGGACAUUACGCUAAAUCCCAUACCUGACCACUCAAUUUCUCUCCACUCCUCUCAGCAAUGUGACUCGAAAAUGAUCGACAAAUCAGAAAUCAUCAACAAAAGACACUGUCGUAGUUUUGACUUCAUCGAGUCACUGGAUGAGCCACAGCCCUUCUCUUCCUCGAUGGAGUACCCUUACAAGAGGCCUGACCAUCAGACAUUGAACAAAGACCUCAUGUGGAAUGGACUAGAUCAGCCGGGGCAUCUACGCUUUUCAUCUCCUGAUCUGUUUAACACCAGGCAGUUCCAGCAGCACACCAGCCAAGACAAAACUAGCCAUCUCACAUGGUCAGAUUCAAAAAAGAGAUCAAGAUCUAAAAGCACUCCUAGAGUUAAGGCUACCCUCACUCCUGUGCCCAUCUCAGUGUCUCCUCCUGGGGUCAGGAAAGGGAGAGAUGUGUCCCAGGCUGUGGCAGAUAACCUGAGGACUUCUGAAACACAAAGAGAAUCUUACUCCUCAAACAGGCCUUUUUUGAAUGAAGUACAUCCUAUCAAACUACAGCCCCAUUCUCCCCUCUAUGUCUCAGACUGCUUUGAGGAGGGCAAACCUGAUAAACCUGCCAUAACCCCUCAUGUUAGGUGCCGUGUGGACAUUAAACCAGAUGCGUCUGUACUACAGCAUACAGCUAGACAGGUUCCCAAUGCACGAACUGACCAUCCUUGGCAGAGAUACUCCCAGGCAAGUAGCAGUAGAGGUUUGUAUGUACCAAGGCAGGUGGUCUCCUCACCAACGCCAACACCAAGCGAAUGCUACAGUGGAGAUUUUAGGCAGGGAUACCACUACACCACCAGCAUGUCUCCCAUCUCUUACCAGCAUCUAGACAUGCAUAGAAUGCCAUCACCUACAGCACCAUACCUGAGUCAAGAACAAAGAGCUUACUCAAAUCCUAACAUACCGACCAAGUUUUUCUACACAGAGGAUGCUGUUCGUUAUCCAGUCCAUCCUUAUUCUAGGGCAUACUUUCAGGAUGAUCGGUCCAGUCUAACCAGCCAUGGUAGUACGGUGACCAGUCAGUAUGAUCCAAGAACUCGUUGGGUGCACACCCUUCCUGUCAGGUCGUAUUAUGCAGACCACCUUUCCAGAGAACCAGCACACUCUGUAUAUAGUAGACCUUACUCUACAAGUGAAGCAGGAUCAUACUUUUCUCAGACUCCACUGUCUAGAGCUUACUAUGGAGAAGACAACCGGUUUAAUCCAUACCACAUGAAUGGAUCACGGUUGUUUUAUUCCAAGCCCUUCAACUCUCCAGAGGAGCAGUACUUUCCAUCAAGGCCAUAUUAUACAGAGGGACGGCGACGCCCUCGAAUGUCCCAGGCAUUUUCGGAUGACUGGUAUCGCUCAAGUAUAUCUGGUUAUUCAAACCAGUCCUCCCAGCUCACACCGCCAAGAGUAAGACCAGACUUUGGUGCCCCCCCAUGGUUUACUAACAGCUGUACAGAGACAAGUCGCCUUGGAGCAGAAGUUAAAAACCACUCCAAGUCUUGGGACAACAUUCUAUAUCCACGGAAUGACAGAGAGCAAUCAGUGCCACGUGGUCGAAGCUACGAGAACCUGUUUUAUCAAGCAAAACAUGGAGCACCUUCUGACAUUACAUCUCAACCUGUGAUACUUAAUCUUUCAAGUUCACCAAGGCGAUAUGCUGCUCUGUCACUCUCUGAAAACUCCUUAGAGAGAGGUUCAAGCAAUCCAUGGAGGAAUACUAAGAGUGGGCACUGGUUUGUCACUCCAGAGAUCACCAUAACGGACAAUGACAUAUGUGCAGGCAACAGUAGGCGACGGGAAGUUCACUCUGUCAGCUGGGACACUUUGGAUGAUGAAAAGGCACCGUCUCCAAAAGUAGUCCUUCAGAAGCAGCCAUCUAACACAACAGAUAUUACCAAAGAAAGGAAACACAACAACUUCUCCCUCCAGCAGAGUUUAGAGCAACUGGAUGAGCUCUUAGCUGACUUGGUUGUUGACUACAAACCACCAACAGGCAGAAAGUCAAGUGCAGACCUUUUAGACCAGCUAAAACAACUAAUCACCGAAGACAGUGAGAUAGACAGAGGCUCUUCAGGACUUGAAAACUUAGGAUGUCUGAACACACAACUCCCAUCUGAUAAAUCCAGCCCUGACACAAUCAAAGACCCUGAUAGUGGGUGUGAUGCUUUACAAAGGAGCGCCGAAGAAUGUUCUCCAGACCACAGCACAGACGAAGACGACACCAUGGUGUGUGCUAACAAGAAGUGCAACCGGAUUGAGAAUAUGUUCAAUGCCUGUUUGUACUUCAAAUCAUGUCACAGUUGCUACACUUUUUAUUGCUCCCGAAACUGUCGCAGGGAUGACUGGGAAAUCCACAAAGAGACAUGUCUGUAUGGUCGUGUCAGCAGUGUGUGUCGGCACACUCUUAAGUUCUGCAGAGAGAACUCGGAGAUCCAUAAAGCCUUCUCGCGUGUUGCUAAAGCAGGCUACCUCUCCAGAGGGAGAGGUGUUCUCUUUCUGGGUUUUGCUAAUCCAGAGACAGCUGACAACUUCCUGCAAGUUGGGCUUGAGAGCCUCCUCAUGUCUCCCACAUACUUAUCUCUCAGAGAGCUGGAUGGCUUCAAGGACAACCUAGGUGAAUACUGCAAGGAACUGCAGCAUGCAGGUAAUGAGUACGACCCCAGUGAAUGUUUCCUUUUGAAUGUAUCCAUAGCUGUUGGUGAACUAGUGCCUAACCGGCCUUCACCAAGGGUCCAAGCACCAACAGUUCGAAAAUAUGCAAAGGUGUCCCUGGCCUCCUCAAGCCCUGACAAAAAGGUACUCAAGAAGGAUAGUGAAAUGGAAACUCUCAUCCUCACUCCGCCUCCAGGCACACCAGACAUUGACAAAGAGGGGGAGGAGGGAAGAAAAGCCAGAGAGGUGUGCUUUGUCAAUAUCCAGCGCGAGCUCAGGACCAGAGGAGUCUUCCUUCGUCACGAGUACCCCAAAAUCUAUAAUCAGCUGUGUGAGUUUGUGGAGAGCAACAAAAGGUUCACUCCCACUACUAUUUACCCGAUAGAUAAGAGAACAGGGAAACAGUUUAUGUGCAUGAUCAUGGCUGCAUCUGAGCCAAGAACACUAGACUGGGUGGGCACCCCUCAUCUCUUGGAUGAUAUUAUAUAAUAUAGCACUAAACAGUAACGAUAAUGAUGUCAGCUACACUAAAUUUACAUUUUGUAAAUAACACCAUGUGAUUUAGCAAAUAUGGACAUACGUGUAUAUAUUGUAUGUGACCAAUCUCUCUCUCUUUGUCUCUCUCUUUCUCUUAGUUGUGUCUGUUGCCACACACACAAAAACUCUCACACACACUUUAACGGGAUGUUUUUGUUUUUGGCUUGUUUUGAUCGUGUUGCACUUUGAAGAGUUAAUAGCCUGCAUGUGAACUAGGUAAAAACCCAGUUAUUCAGGUGUUUAAGAUGUGAACAUGUAUGAUAUGUUUCUGCAGUUUCUGCAGCCAAUGUAUGAAGCACACAAUAUUUAUGAAGUGCACCUUUCAUCACUUCCACAUAACAGUUUGCACAACCAGGGUUCAUAUUGUGUCAGUCAAACACUAUUGAUUUCUCCAACAGUUACUAUAUCAGACAUUUAUAUUAUACCUUGUUACAGUGGUUGUAGUAUUACAACUGUUUAUUAGUAUUUAAGUAUUAUUACCUUGGUAUGCUUGUAGUUGUGUGAGUACUUUUUUUUUAUUGCUGUAUUAUUCUUUCAUAGACGAAGAAGUACAAUCAAACCACCUGUUUGUUUUCCCAUAUCAUUAAAGACUUCAUUGGAAACAUAUUUCAUGUCAUGGAACGACUUGAUGUCUUUCUCAUGUAAAAUGCUUUGUUUCAAAGUGGCCUUCUGUUGAGAAAAAAAAAUGCAUUUGACACAAAGCAAUGUAUAAGGUAAGCUAUUUCUAAAGGCUUGACAGCUCUAGGCUUAGGUUGUUUGACUACCCUUGUAAAUGAAUAAUUAUUUUGCUCAAAGCAUGUUAUUUAUAUUCAGGUAUUUUAGUAUUGACAAUGCUUAUAAUAAAUUUAUUAUGUUAAUGAGAUCCAAUUUGAUGCUUAGAAAUGUAAGAGGUAUAUUAUAUAUAUUGAAUAUUAGAUCAUUUAAACAUCAAGACCUUGAGACCUUAUUGUAACUAAUGCCACAGUAUGUUCUUAAUUAAACCAUAUGCAAUAAAAGAGCAACCUUAACACCUUUAUUGUAAAAUCCUAUUUUAUUAUAGUUAUUGAAUAAUUCCUUUGAGCCAAGAGCUGCAAGGGCUCUUUUUGCACUAAAACAUAAAUUAUGAAGCAGGAAUGUUCCUAACAUAGCUGCAGCUCUGAACCCAGAUGUGACGAUAUGCCUGCUUCCACUGUCCUUGUUGACUAAUCUAAGGUUGCUCUUUUACUUGAUAAUAUAUCUUUGUGCAAGACCUUCCUUAACUUUCUAUUUUGUGAUGUUUAUAACCUAUAUAGUAUAUAAAUAUGUAAUAAAUGGAAUUUAAAGGUGA